AACUGAAAAGCCAUAGGAGUCUGAGAAAGCGAAUACUGCUGAAGCAGGAGGACUGGAGGCGGAGGCCGGAGGGUACCGAAAUGGGGAGGACGAUAGAGUGGGCGGCGACACCAAACCACCUUGGCGGCGUUCCAAGAAAGAUGGUAAUCGCCGCCGUGGGCUGCUUUGCCAAGGCCGUGGCCAAUCUGAUCAACACCACAACUGUCCACAACGCCGACACCCUUCUCCGCCUUGUCGGCUCUCGGCCUCCCGGCAUCCCUCUCAUCACCGUCAGCAAUCACAUGUCCACUUUGGAUGAUCCUGUAAUGUGGGGAUUCAAAGGUUUUCCGACUUGUGAUGCAAAACUGGCGAGAUGGGUAUUGGCAGCAGAGGAUAUAUGCUUUAAAAACUCGGUGCUGUCAUAUUUUUUCCGCCUUGGAAAAUGCAUACCUAUUAGAAGAGGAGGUGGAAUCUAUCAAGAGCAUAUGAAUGAAGCUCUUGACCGAUUGAGUGAUGGAGCCUGGUUGCAUACAUUCCCAGAAGGAAAGGUAUGUCAAGAAGAUGCACCCAUAAGACGACUAAAGUGGGGAACUGCCAGUCUCAUUGCCCGUGCGCCUGUAACUCCAAUAGUUCUGCCAAUUAUCCAUCAUGGCUUUGAAAAGGUUAUGCCUGAAAAUCAUAUGUUUGGCAGAAGACCGCCUUUUCCAUUGUGUAAUAAGAAGAUGAGUAUAGUUGUGGGCAAGCCGAUAGAAUUUGACCUUCCUGUAUUAAGGCAGAUGGCGCUAUCAAUGUCCAAAGAGUCAACAUUUUCAAGUGAUGAUCAGUGGCCCAAAACCGUUGAAGGUGGACUGGAUGAAGCAGCACAAAAAUAUCUAUACACAACGAUAUCAGAUCAAAUACGAACUGCAAUGGAGAGAUUAAGAAAUCGCUGUAAAGUUCAUAUGAAGUUGGAGUGUAACUUGACAUCUUCUGAGCAAUCAAAAUAGGUUAUUAGGUGCAUUUUUUUGAAACUUAUUUUGCAGUGAGAGAUAAUUGUGAAAGUGAAGAGGCCAUUUUCUUCCCAAGAUGUUUAGGAUGCAGGUAUCAUCAUUUGAGUUUUAUCUAUACAGGUAGGACUAUUGAUGUGUUUUAGCUCGUAUAAUUACUGAUUGCACUAAAGAAAAAGGAUCGUCUUUGUAGCUCAGUUUAGGCAACUUCAUAAAUUUAGAGCUGUAUUCAUCCUU